AUGACACCCCACACGCUAAGCCCUGGCCUGCAGGGACAGGCUUUCCGUGCCGAUAGCGCUCUCGCAAACACGGCGAACGUUCCUAAAACCCGCCGGACUUUCUGUAAGAAGUGUGGCAAGCACCAACCCCACAAAGUGACACAGUACAAGAAGGGCAAGGAUUCUCUGUAUGCCCAGGGAAAGCGGCGUUAUGACAGGAAGCAGAGUGGCUAUGGUGGGCAGACUAAGCCAAUUUUCCGGAAAAAGGCUAAAACUACAAAGAAGAUUGUGCUGAGGCUUGAAUGUGUUGAGCCGAACUGCAGAUCUAAGAGAAUGCUGGCUAUUAAGAGAUGCAAGCAUUUUGAGCUGGGAGGAGAUAAGAAGAGAAAGGGCCAGGUGAUCCAGUUCUGAGCUUCAUAUUUUGUU